AUGAAAACAUUUUGCAGCGACUUGACGCUCCCACUAAAGCUCCAGCAACGCCAGGAACUAAGCAAGCAAGGCUGUAUGUUGGAGGCCGCUAUUGAAGCAGCUGCUAAAGAACUCAUUGAUCUCAAGGAUAACCUAAAUGAUUGGGACAGUAAAGUCGGUGACGGUGACUGUGGAACUACGAUGUAUAGAGGUGCAACAGCUAUUCUUGAAGAUAUGAAAACACGUUAUCAUCUGAACGAUGCAGCUGGAACAGUAAAUGAGAUUGGGUCAACAAUCCGGAAGGUGAUGGGUGGAACAAGUGGAAUCCUGUAUGACAUACUCUGCAAGGCUGCAUAUGCAAGCUUAAAACAAAACAAAAAUAUUACGGCAUAUGAAUGGGCUGAUGCUUUAGAAGCCUCUAUUGCUGCUGUUAGCAAAUAUGGUGGUGCCAGAGCAGGAUAUCGCACAAUGUUGGAUGCUCUGAUUCCCGCUUCUACAGUUUUGAAACAGUCGCUUAAAGCUGGGGAUGAUCCGGUGACUGCAUUCAUCGCUUCUUCUGAAGCAGCAUUAGCUGGCGCUGAAUCCACUAAACAAAUGCAAGCAAAGGCAGGACGGUCAUCGUACAUCUCUCCCGACCAUCUGGUUUCAAUUCCUGACCCAGGAGCAAUGGCUGCAGCUGCAUGGUACCGGGCCGCAGCGCUUUCGGUGAAGAACAAGCUGCAUGCUUCAGAAAGCUAG